AUGGAGUCUACCGUUCUUUGUGAGGGUCGCCAGACACAAGAACAUGAGCCUUCAGACAUUCCGCGGUCUGCAUCGACACAAAUACCGAGUCAUCGCAUAUGGGAGCACGCUGCAGAAGGUGCUGCUGGUGUGCCAGGCGAGGACUACCGGAGGCACAGUUACUUAGUAGGAGGACAACUAUUGGCAGCGGGGCCCCGCAGUAGAUUCCGCAGGGUUUUGCUUUUCUCACUAAUUCCGGCUCUUAUCGUGUCAGUGCUGAGGACAAUUUGCAGAACCUCCACGUCUGCCUCCACAGAGGCAGCCCCAGGAACUUGGAUUCGCAGGCUGUCGAGCAGCAAGGGAAGCACUGAAGAAGACGACACUUUAUCCCAGCUAAUAGAAGUGUGUGCAGAAAUGCAGGAGGACCUCGCGCCACCUGUGCCCCAAAGCACCAACCCAGAUGGUCCGAUGGACGCCGCUGAGCAGGUGGCAAGGAUAGCCUUCGACUUGGAGCUGGAACCUCUGGCGUUUGAGCGCGCAAUGCGACAAACCCAACCAGCAGGCCGCGAAAGCAUGCCUCCCCUGACUACAUACCCUGCGAGCCCUGUAAUCCCUUAUCAGCACCGCCGUCCGGCGAGAACAUUCCACAUGCCAGGCCCACAACUUGAUUCCCCAAGCAACCUUCAUUUACAGUCCGGUAUCACAGCUUCAGAUACUCAGCCUGCAGGUCUCCCUUCUGACCCUAUGGCUGCGCCCACAGGACCUCUUGGCGAAGAUUCUCAACCUCUCCCUUCCGUCCCCCCGCCUUUGGGGGAUCCCACACCUUUCGAUUGGCCACCGCAGGUUGCCUUGCCGAUUUUACAGUCCGAUUCAGCAGCCCUCCAGGCUUUUGCGGGUACCCAACCUCCUGUUGUUGCCUCAAAUUCGGUUGGUUUGCCUCAUCAGGUUGCAACGUUGCUGCCACAGGCUGCUGCAUGGCGUGCUUCAGAUGAAGAAGGCAGCACAGAGCUUUCAUCUGGGACUUACCCGGAGCUAGAUCCUG